AACCUGCUGUGCACUCAACAACCUAUUCAAACUCAACCUCUCUCACUCUCCCCGUCUCUCAAACACAAUUAGGUCCAGAAAUGAGUCGUGCGCCUCUGUAGUUUCUCCCACAUUUCGGUCUUUCUCAAUAUCAAGGAAUCAAAUCAGCAGCUCCUGCUUCACACCCACUGUCUCACAGGUAAUGGGUGCAGCCAACCAACCAGCAGGACUUAGUUUAACACUUAUGACUAAAAGGUCAACUCACACCGCAACCAGGAUGAUAUCAUCUGACGGCUGGCAACCAUUCUAAAAGGGGGAUGACUGCUAAUAUAAACUAAGAAAAGCCUUAAGAAAAAAAAUUUGAAGAAAAGAUAACCUCCACCUGGAAGUCUUAACGCUCUUGUACUCUGACCUCACCUGGCUUAUCUCUUAGGCAAAAGAAGACUUUCACCAGCGACACACCUGGAGAGCUCUGCAAUGCAAGAGGGAGUUUACACUGGGAAGGAUUAGCAAAAAAAAAAAAGGGGGGGGGAUUUAAUGUCUGAGGACUGACAAGACUCACCUAAGCAGCAGCAUAGACAAAGGACUAGACUGUACAAUCAAGUCUUCCCUGUAACAGCUGAACAAGCCCCAUCAUGUCAAGGAAGAGUUUGUCGGGGUGUGCAGGUAGACGCUGCCUAGUUUCCUGACAGAGACGUGUGUGCAUGUGAGGGAUUCAAAUAUCCUGUAUUUGCUCAGCGAGACAGAUGGCAUUAUGUGUUUAAGCUUCACCACUUCCUAAGGAUUCAUUGUCAAACAAAGGAGAAAAUACAAAAGGAUACAAAGACUUUUGAGGAUACAUAAAAACAUUUGAGCCUAUUUCAACCAAAUCUGCCAAGAUGCCACUCAGAACAUCGUUGUAUAGAAAGCCAUCCUCUGGUCGUUGGUCCAGCAGGAACUCCAAACGCAGGGAGGUGCUGUCCGUAAAUAUGAUUAGUUUACCACUGGCCGAUUUCCGCCACAUCUCACAUAUUGGCAACGAUGCCGAUACGGACAGCUUUGGAGAUCUCUCCUUCUUAAAAAUGGGCCACGGUCUGCUUCUACAAAGCUCCCAGAGCGAGCAGAAUCUCUUCCUGGCCUGCUCGGCUCCACCCAAGCCUCCGCGUCUAAACCUGGAUGAGGCAGACGGUUCUGAGAGCCCCGACUGGCACGGAAACCACCAGCACAGCGUGUCCCAGAAGAGAAAGAAAUGCAGCUCUAUGCCACUUCUGGACAGUGAGGAAGGAGACAUAGAGAUGGAAAAGGAGGAUGGGUGCCAAAGAGGGAAUAUUGUUGCUUCCAGUCAGACUCACAGACCUGGAUGGGGCAGCCUGAGCUUAGACAAGGAUGGAGACUCCGCAGACAACUGUGACAAAAGUGCUGGACAGCCAAAGGAUGAGGACAGUGGCUUUUCAUUUAGCCUCGACCUGGGCCCUUCAAUCUUGGAUGAUGUUCUCCAAGUGAUGGACAAACUCCACAAUUAGACAAGAUAGCAGCCAAGGGUUACAGGAAGCCUUUACUAAAAGUCUGGAAUAUGGAGAACUCGAACUGUUCUGUAUGACACAUUUCUCCUCAAGUGAUGGUUAUUGUUCAAAUAAACUGUAGAUAUCUUAUUUUAUGAUCCCUGGGCACCUAGUAGUAAUACACAGCCUUUGGAGAGAACUAUUAAUGGAGGUUAACUACUACACUGAAAAGACUGUCUUUUACCAGUAUUUCAGUAAAACAUGCUACGUACUUUUUGAAUCACACAUCACAGCAGAUUUUUAGGGUAAGGAGCUUACUCCUUUAUAGAGCACCAGAUAUUGUGUCUACAGCACACUGUGGUCCAUAGCAUUUGUAAAAAGUAAAAAUAAUCUCUUGCUUGAAAGUUAAUGUUCUCCUUAGAUUGACCCCUUGUAGAGGUCGAUCCAAUGUUUAAAUUAAUAAUUGAACAAACUGAUGUCAAACCCCAAGCUGGACAUUUCUUCUUUUACUUCCCUCCUUUGCUAUUGUAAUCCCCCAAACCACACGCCACAGCACUGAAGACGGCUGUUAAGACUUAAGAGUGUUGUGUUUAAGAAAAGAAAAGCUGCAGCUGGAAUCCAAGGUCCUCGAGCUGCGAUGUCUUGGCUCUUAGCGUGCUUGCCAAUCUAUUGUGUGCAGAGGGCAAUUUUGCCUCCGCACGCAUCCCAGAGGCCCCACUCAAAGGUAGACCAAGGUACCCCCCAUCUCUCAUUCCCAACAAUGCAGUGAAAACAAACACUUAGCUCUGCUUCCAAUAAAAGCCAGCCAGUAGUGGCAGGUUGGGCUGCAGACCAAGCCAGGCCACAGGUCCAAGACCUGAAAAGAAAAAAAAAAAAAAAAAAAAAAAAGGAGAGCAGGGUGUUUUCUUAGCUGCAAAUCAAGAGUCCGAUACUCUGGUGAGUGGCACACGAGAGGGAAAGUGGUAAAGGGUAACGUGAUACUUCCACAUAUGCAGGGGGUGUCGAGGGAGGAGGACCAGAGACAUCCAUUACUGCAGCAAAAGUCCUGAUGAGGGUUUAAACACUACCUUCUGACCAAACAGACCCCCCCUCCACCCGACACGUGAAAAAGACAUGCUUGUGUCUCACAUAGCAUGGAACUGAGAUUUGUGUCGAUCAAGAUGCACUUUCCUCAGGUCUGGAUAAGGAGAGAGUCAGGACAGAGCCUCAGUCUGUGCCUUACUGGGGGUAGGGGGGGUUGUCAGGAAAGGCUGUGGGGCAAACCCAGAACCAGCCAAAUUCCUUAGUUCCCCACGGGUCAUGCUGCAAAAUAUACGAACCACAAGUGUCCCGCUUCUGGCAAUGGAUUUAGAACUCUAUGUAUGUCCAGGAACAGCGAUGUUUGUGGGAACAUCUGCACUGUAUACCUCUUUUGACAUCUCCCAUUUUAAACUGGAAAUCACUACCCCCUUUUUUUGUAUAUGUUAUGACAAUAACACAUUGUGAAACAUAUAUGCAUUGAAAAAUGUACUGCUGUAUUUUGGUGAAGUAAAGAAAAAUAUCGUUCAAAUUCCACAAUUGGUGGUUUGGUGAAUAGAACUGCUCAUGUCAACAUUUUAAGAAAGCUUGUAUGACACUGUUUACACACCCUGAUGGACAGACAUUUAUUUGGCUUUUUAACCAUCAGCAGCCACUGUGUGGGCAAUGAGCGUUGUCAGUCACUUACAGUAUACCUAACAGUUUCCAGAAAAAUUAUAGCCUUGGAUUAUCCAACACAACAAGCAGCACAAUAUCAUUUCAGGGUGGAGAGACACACAAGCCUAAAUUAGACAGGCAUGUCAAGCAGGAUUUAAUGUAGAAACAUAAAUACUGUGUUACAUUAAACUGGACUUUGGAGCAACUGCUGAGCUGUUAGGCAAGCCCUGCUCUGAGGCACACCUGUAUCAGACAGAGUUCAACAGCUAACUAGGGUGUGUUAGUUUGUCAGACUUUUAUAAUACAGGCGACUUUUUCCAGAUAAGCAAGAGAAAGAGCUAUUCAGUUACACAGACUUUACAUUGGACAGUGUUACCCUGUCUGCUACAAUGGCCCUUAAUGAUCAAAGUCUAAUUUUUUCACAAGAGAAAGAAAAAUUGUGCAGUGUCGGCCAGGCAUAUACUAGACACUGUGGAAACAAAUGAUUGUUAUGUUUGUUAUAUAUAUUAAACAAUAUAAGAAAAACAACAA